GCGUACAUGUCGACCUUCUUCAACGUCUUUGAAAACUGUCUCUCUCGCAUGGAAGCAUCUGAUCUUCGCCUACAACGCGGGGAGAAGAAGGGCAUCAACGCAGAACGUCAUCGAUUCUGUAAUGGAAGAAAUCUUAGGAAUUCUCAAAGUUCAUAUCAAACGAGGUGUCAACCUCGCCGUUCGCGAUAUGAGGAGCAGCGAUCCCUACAUUGUUGUCAAGAUGGAUCAACAGAAGAUGAAGACUCGUAUUGUACAGAAGGACGUCAAUCCUGAAUGGAAUGAAGAUCUUACCCUUACUGUCACAGAUCCUAACACUCCCAUUACGCUGACGGUGUACGAUCACGACACAUUCACGAUGGACGACCUAAUGGGAGACGCAGAGUUCGACAUUAAGCCAUUUCUAGACGCCCUGCAGAUGAAUUUAGAUGGGUACCCGAGUGGCACCGUGAUCACACGAAUACUACCGUGCAGGGCUAACUGCCUGGCCGAGGAGUCGUGUGUGGUCUGGAAAGACGGCAUGGUCUCGCAAGAUAUGUGCCUGCGAUUGAGAAACGUAGAGUGCGGCGAGGUGGAGCUCCAACUUCAGUGGAUUAACCUCCCUGGCCAGUUAGGUUGAAAACUUGAAACUUGAAAGAGAGCAGCACCCACCACUCUCUCUUCUUCUUCAAAUCUCUACUGCUGUUCUGUUAAGCAUUUGGUUCAUAGCCCCAAUGUCACAUAAAAUGGACCUCUAUGACCAUUUAUGUAAGUUAUGUAUCUUAACAUGCAUAUAUCAUAUAUGGGCCCUCAAAUAUUUCAUUUAUUAUUAUUUUUCUUUUUUAAAUUUUCAUGAGAUAAAUGUACUCAAAAUCUUCUUCUUCUUUGUAAUAAUAAUAAGAUUGUAAUUUUACAUAAGAAUGGAUUAUAAUUUAUACCUGCCUUCUUAUUUCCA